GCAGUUCGUUUCCCUUUUAACCUCCACAAACAUACGCACUCACUACACACAGUGCCAUUCGAAUGUUAGAUCUUUAUCGUCUUCAGUAACAUCUAUCCCUCACUUUGUGUGUAUUUUCGUUCUUUCUUUUUCCUUUUAUGUGUAUUAUAUUGUUUAAAGCGGCAUGUGGACUGGUCGUAAAAGAAAGUAUCUCACCUCAUCUUUAAGCUAAAUUUAUCGUAGGUUUUAUAUAAAUUACUCUUCUUUUUCCUGGUUCGUGCAAUCUUUGACUGUUUCGACAAAAUUUAUGUUGGGGUUUAUGGAGGUUUCCGACAAUAAUUGAAGUCUUAAAAAAUCUAAGACAACGUGCUAAUGUUCUGCGUUGGCCUCUCGUGCUUUACUGUUCAUGUGUAAUUCAAUGUUCUCUUCGUUUAUUUGCCAAACUGCCACUUCUGUUUUUCCUGUUUGUUUUUCUCCUCUCCAUGCCCUUUCAUUAGAUAUUGAAAUUAUUAAGCAUCUAUAAGGGCUUUACAAAUGUAAGAUUGAGAAAACUUGCCUAAGAGUUUUCUUUGCUUAGGAUUGAUACUCUCUCGAAGACUUCCUCGCAGGUUUAUCUUGUAAUGUGUAUUUUGUUAUUUCUUGGAUUUUUAUCUAAUAGGAUAGGGAGUUUGAAGGGCAGUUAUAAUGGGUAAGAAGAAAAUGGGGACCUUAUAUUUUUAUGUCAUCUAUUUUCUGGAAAUUGAAUUAUUCUGAUUCCCACUUUCAGGUAUGAAUUUGUUUGUUCCAGCUGCCUAGAAAUCCAAGCUGUGCUUGAAUUCCUGAAAAUUUUAUCUUUUUAAUCUUCUUGCUGGAAUUGGAAUUCCCGAGCAAUACUUUCUAGUUGGAUUUUUACGGGUUAGAGAAACUAUGCAAAGGGAUACUGGUUCUGGUGGCCCAUCAACACCCACUGGUCCUACUGCUCGGUUACGCAGACGCAGAGGUUCAAAUGUGGUCCCUCUGGAAGUUGAGAAAGCUGAUGGCAGCCGUUUACUUGUUAAUGAUCGUAACAAGUACAAGUCGAUGUUAAUCCGUACAUAUUCAACCGUUUGGAUGAUUGGAGGCUUUGCAUUUGUAAUAUACAUGGGUCACCUUUAUAUCUGGGCCAUGGUAGUUGUUAUCCAAAUCUUUAUGGCAAAGGAGUUGUUCAAUUUGCUUAGGAGAGCACAUGAAGAUAGAAGACUCCCUGGAUUCAGGCUCUUAAAUUGGCAUUUCUUCUUCACAGCAAUGUUGUUUGUCUAUGGUCGUAUUCUCAGUCAGAGGCUCGUUAACACUGUGACUACAGACAAAGUUCUGUAUAAGCUCGUGAGCAAAUUUAUCAAGAUGACGGCCAAUAGUUAUGAUUUUCCCGAGGGCUGUUUCAUGUGGUUCAUCCUUACGCUGAAGAAGAAAAUGUAUAAGUAUCAAUUUGGGCAGUAUGCAUGGACACAUAUGAUUUUGAUUGUGGUGUUCACGCAAUCGUCAUUUACUGUGGCAAAUAUCUUUGAAGGAAUUUUCUGGUUCCUUCUGCCAGCAUCUCUCAUCGUCAUAAAUGAUAUUGCUGCCUAUAUUUUUGGGUUUUUCUUUGGAAAAACUCCCCUGAUCAAGUUAUCACCAAAGAAAACAUGGGAGGGCUUUAUUGGAGCUUCUGUUGCUACCAUGAUUUCAGCCUUUCUGCUAGCAAAUAUAUUGGGUUGCUUUCAGUGGCUGACGUGCCCAAGAAAGGAUUUAUCGACUGGCUGGCUUCAAUGCGACCCUGGGCCAUUGUUUAGACCUGAAAGUUACUCUGUUCCAGAAUGGUUUCCUGAAUGGCACCUUUUGGAGGAUUUUUCGCAAGUGGCUUUAAGAGAGCUUUUAAGAUCAAGGAUUUUGGUGAUAGUAUUCCUGGACACGGUGGCAUCACUGAUAGAAUGGAUUGCCAGGUCGGUCCAGAGGAGCUCAAGAAAAGAAGUUAACCCAGUCAAGGAGCUUGCAGACGCAGCUCAAGACGGUCAAGCGGGGAAAGACUCCCUUAGCAGCAAGACAGGGACCGAUAAGGGUAAAGAGGUGAUAGAGGAGGUCAUAGAGGCCCAAGUCCUAUCACCCAAGGGAACCCUGACGUUCGGGCCCGAGGACGUGCAAGGUGUUUCUAGGCUACAGAGCGACGCUCUAGUUAUUACUGCAAAGGAUGCAGGCUACGAAGUCAGAGCGGUAGGCGAGGUGUGCUUGUCAGUGGUGUUAGGCAGUUCAUCUGUAAGGAGAGUCGAGAGCGUUAGGUUCUUGGAGGUGGAUAUAAUCUCGGCCUACAAAGUCAUUCUAGGGUUUUCUAGUUUAAAUAUAUUAUGGGCUAUGGUUUCGACUUACUGCAUGAAGCUUAAGUUCCCAGUUGGAGAUCAAGACGGUGAGGUGGCGGGAGACCAGUGGCAGGCUAGGUCAUGCUACCAGGUAAUGUUGAAAACUUCAGAGGCCCAAGGAAAGAAAAAAAAUCUGGAGGCAGAACAACCCCGGAGCUCUAACAGAAAGAAGCAUGAAAAGAUCGAGAUCUCGUCACUAGAUGAGAUCAUGGAAAUUGACUUGGUGGAAAGAAAGGUCGGUAAGACUGAACAUUUAUCCGACGAUAAAAUUGGUAAAGCAAAAGUGAAGGCACUUCGGUGCGGAGCUAGAACUGGCUGCGAACUGCUUAACAUGAUGGACGCUUCUCAAGGAUACUACCAGAAUACUACCCUUGGUGGUGGAAGACCAGAAGUGUGUAAGUUUCAUGACGUCCAAAGGCAAGUAUUGCUAUAUGAGAGGGGGAUUGAGGUUAAUACAAUAAAGGUGAAGGAAGUCCUCGAGAUGCAAACACCUAAAAUAUUAAUGGAGGUCCAAGUCCUCACAUGUCGAUUGGCCGGGCUGAGCAAGUUCAUUGCUCAGUCUGUAGAAAAAGCUUCCCUUUUCUUUCAUGCGAUAAGAGUCUUUGAUCGGCUUAAAGAGUUUUUUGCUGAAUUACCAUUGCUCAUGAAGCCACCUAUUAUGACCAUUGCUGAAUUUCACAUAUUCAAACCACAUAAUUCGUCGAUAUGUUAUCAAAUCAUAUGA